CCUGGCAUUAACGCAGCAUGUUGCUAAACACGACAGACUCUGUGACGUUAAGGUUUCACCCCAACGCGGGGCAUUUGCUCCAGCGGCACGGAGCGCUUCACAGACAGUACAGGCGCAUUCACCCCAGAGAUGGACUGGACCCUCUGUAUCCUCUGCUUCCUCUGUGUCUCAGUGGGUCAGAGCCAGGAUCAGUCGGAUGCAGAGCCUGCGAUGUACGGGGAGGUCCAUUCCCCCGACUAUCCCCAGCCCUACGCUCCCAACCUGCAGGUGCAGUGGGAGCUCAGCGUGCCCGAGGGCUUCCACAUCCGACUGACCUUCACACACAUGGAUAUCGAAGCGUCUGCAGGCUGCUACUACGACGCCCUCAAAGUUCUGUACAAUGGAAAAGUCCUGGGAAGGUAUUGUGGUCGUGAGAAUUCUGCUGAUGGGCAUCACCCGGGCAACCACCCUAUCUUGUCUCCAGGCAACAGGCUCACCCUCAUGUUCCAGACAGAUAGCAACAACCCAGAGCGCCACCAAAACUUGGGCUUCUUCGCUCACUACCAGGCCAUAGACAUGGACGAGUGCUCUGCACCCGCACCAGCAGAUGGCUCAGGUCCACUCUGCUCCCAGAUCUGCCUCAACACGCUUGGCUCCUACCAGUGCUCCUGCCGUCACGGCUUCGAGCUCAGGCCCGACGAGCGCACGUGUGUGUUAUCCUGCGGCGGCGGGAUCUUUGACGAGCCCCAGGGACACCUGCUGAGUCCAGGCUUCCCUCAGUCUCCGCCCCACGGCGUGACCUGCGAAUACGUGAUUUCCGUAGAAAGCGGUUUCACGGUCACCCUCAACUUCUCCGACACCUUCCACAUCGAGAGUUUGGACACCGAGCACGGCCGAAGCUGCCCCCACCACUGGCUGCAGGUGACCGUUCCUGGCUCCGAACCCAGGAAGCUGUGCGGCCCAAAAAGUCCAGGUCUGAUAUCCACAAACUCCAACACCGUCCGCUUGGAGUACCACACGGACGACGAAGGCCUGAGCAAAGGCUGGAGCCUGGACUACAGCACAGACAGGGUGAGCUGUUCGCUGCCUGGACGUGUGACCAACGGCAGGGUCACCCCCACGAUGCACGAAUACUUCUACCGAGACUACAUCUUCAUAAAGUGUGACCCUGGAUACAAGCUGAUGAUGGCCGGUCGGGAGAUUAGGAGUUUUUCUGCCAUGUGCCAAAGCAACGGGCAGUGGCACCUGCCUCUGCCUGAAUGCCACAUAAUUGAUUGUGGAGAGCCUGAACCUUUGCUGAAUGGAGGGGUGACUUUCCUGUCAGGCAUCCAGAAUCAGUACCUCUCUGUUGUUCAGUACCACUGCAAUGAACCGUAUUACACUCUGUUUGGGGGCAGAAAUGUUAAGUUCACCUGUGAAGCAGACAGAAAGUGGAGGUCCAACACUGAUGUUGUUGUGAGUCCAACGUGCCUUCCAGUUUGUGGUCAGCCAACAGCACAUGUCAAAGACUUUCAGAGGAUCAUAGGGGGCAAAAAUGCUCCAAAGAACACCAUUCCCUGGCAAGUGAUGCUGAGUAUAGAUGGAGGACGAGGAGGAGGCAUGGUGAUUGCAGACCGCUGGAUCCUGACUGCAGCUCAUGUUCUAUCAAAGGAGAGAGUGGAAGCACCAGUAAAUACAAUACGAAUAUUCAUGGGAAGUAAUAAUGCAAGGACUGACCUGGGUCCUGCUGUGAAUGCCUUCUCUAUCCAUCUUCACCCUCAAUACAACACCUCAGACGACAUGAACUACGACAACGACAUUGCUUUGAUCAAACUUCAAGACCCCAUCACGUUUCACGCUGCAGUGAUGCCAAUAUGUCUGCCAGCAGAUGGCGCCGCAUACGACGAUGGUGUAAUGGGGCUGGUGUCAGGCUUUGGCCUUGACAUAAUCGGUGACAAAAGUGUUUUAACAAACAAGCUGAAGUAUGUGCCUGUGCCUCUGGUGAACCAGGAGACAUGCAUUGAUUCAAUCACAUCGAAGAAGAACGAGAUGGGAGAAAAUAGGGUACCAAACCUGACAAAUAACAUGUUUUGUGCUGGGUUCCCUGAAGGGGGGAAGGAUUCCUGCAAAGGAGACAGUGGAGGUCCCUUCGCCCUGACUAAGAAUGGAAGCUUCUGGGCUGCUGGGGUUGUCAGCUGGGGCGUCGACUGUGGGAAGCCGGGAACUUAUGGAGUCUACACAAAAGUUGUUAAUUACCUGGACUGGAUUAAUAAAACCAUGCGGGAGAACUAAAAUAAACAAUAAUUGCUAAGGUUAUGAGCUCAAUAAUAAAACAAGAAAAAAGAAAAUCUAAAACUGUACUAAGCUUUAAAUAAAGUUACAUAUUCAGA